UGCUCUAUCACGGAUUCCAUGGCAAACUCAAACAUCAUUCUGUACUGCACAGCUGAUCCCGUGCCGUGGAGCAAUUGGAAGUUUAGUGUCGCUCUGCUGAGAAUCGAGAAUAUCCGUGAUGCGGCUCACGGCAUCAUAGUAUCGCAUGUCACCUGUGAGUUGCGACAAUCGAGUAAAUUCCAAGCUGAAGGAGGCCAUCUCAGCGAUGAUGCCUUGUCUAGCGGGAGCUUGCGGCACUCCAUUAGCCGCCCAUUUUGGAUUCCAGCGUGUCACCGGCAUGCGGUUCUUAGUGUCGAAGCUGGAAUAUACCAUAUCCGCAAUCUCGAUUGCCUUCUCCAACAGCCUGUAGUCUUUGCACUCUGUCAAAUCAUAGGCAGCCAAAAGACCUCCCAGAUAUCUAAUGGUGACCUCGAAAAGGUUGAGCUCAACCGACUCUGGCUUGAAGUCAACAGUGGCAACAGCAUCGACUGCUUCACGGAAUUCUUCCUUCAUAUCCAUGAUCCAGAGCGUGUCGAGAUUAUCCACCAACGUCGCUCCCCAACCUCCGAGCGUCUUCAACGGUUUCCCAGAUACUGGCUGUAACUCGUCAUGGGUCCACGCAUGUUGCUUGUAGGAGUUCCAUGAACGAGCAAAUGAUUCUUUGACUGCUUCUCGUCGCGACUUCUGUGAAUCGAGCUUGUGCAGACGAGUCAACUCUCGCUCCUGGCUAAAGUCGAACUGUACCUGCGACAAAUGUCUUCCCUUCUCCUUGGGUAGCUCCGCAAAUGUCCGGACAGGAUAGCGAUGCGAUAAUGCCCUCCAGUUAUAAGCUUCACCCAGAUCAGGCACAAUGGGAGGGCUUGGUGGGAGACUGGGGCACAUGACCUGCGACGAUGGAUGCCGUUGCGGUGGUGGGCGGUGGCCGAUGAUAUAAAAGAUAAACCAGAAGAAGAGGAAUAGAAGGAUAUGCCAUCUUCUGAUACGGCGGAGAUUUGUGCGGGCCCAUUGAGGAAGCAGUGAUAUCCACCGCGAAGGAGUCAAGACAGCCAUUGGAAUGCGCAAACUGCAGUUUCUCGAACGAAUCUUCCGGGUACUACCUCCCGAUAUAUAGCAUCGAAUCUCGUAGUGGGUUUCCUCAUCCGAUUCCACGGCCUCGUCUACUAACUCUUUUGGGUCAAUGGUAUUGUCCAUGAUGUCGAGUGGUGCCAUGCAAGCAGGAUAUGCUGUAAUUCGAGUGAAAGAGAGCCGAGCCUGGAAAGGAUUGCAGACCGCGUACACUAUUCUGCCAU